CCUCACAUACAAUACCAUUUUUCAUCUCUCAUUCUUUUCUUUGAUUGUCUCAAAACUCUUCCUCUCUCUCCCUCUAGGCUCUAGCCUGAGAGAGAGAGCAAUUAAGAAGCAAUUCAACCAAUUCAAUUAUGGGUUGUGGGGAAUCAAAGCAUGCCACUGCAACAGCUAACACUGCCAUUACCAAGAGAUCUUCCUCUUCAAGAACCAAUUCCAGGAAGGAGAGUGCCCCAUUGGUUCAACAACCAAAAGCACCUGGAAAUGAUGGCACCAACAACCCACCUCAAUCUGCCCCUGAAAAGGGUGACAUUAAUAUUAUUCAUAUUAUAAAGGAGAGCAAAGGCGAAGGCGAAAAGGCCCUCGAGGCGGCCAAGGAUGGUGAUGAGGGUGUGGAAGGUGCAAAGGAGACAAUUGAUAAAGCCAAAGUGGAAGAAAAGGAAAAUGGAGCACAGGCCAAGGAAGGAUCUCUUGAACAAAAUGAAGGUGUUAAUACAAAUGAAGAAUACAGCUGCUUCUGAGGCAAAAACAGAAAUCUAACCACAACCAUAAGAGAAGAUUGAAAAACCAAACUUGGAGGUAUAUAUGUAAAUUCAUCUAUCUGCUUCAUUCUCAACAAAAUAACAUUAUUCACCUUAAUCAUGGUGGAUUCUGUGUAUCUUGAUGCCCGGCCCCUUAAUAGUGGAAUGAUUUGUAUUUUUUAAUGGCUGGAUAGUUACCAUUUAAUUAACAUCCUCAUUUCAUUUAAUUUAUAACUACUCCUAAUGACCCA